AACAACUGUACCCGAACAUGGAAGAGGCUUCCCUUUACUGGCCACGUGCCUGCCUUGGCAGGAGAAUAUCAAUCUGACAGUACAUUCUCAAAAAAUAGGGAGGGUGAGGAGGAUCAUCGGGAGGGUGAGAAAAAUCAUCAGGAGGGUGAGGAGGAUCAUUGGAAGGGUGAGGAAAAUCACUGGAAGGGUGAGGAGGAUCAGUCGAAGGCUGAGGAGGAUCACUGGAAGGGUGAGGAGGAUCAUCAAGAGGGCCAGGGGGAUCAUUGGGAGGGUGAGGAAAAUCACUGGAAGGGUGAGGAGGAUCAGUCGAAGGGUGAGGAGGAUCAUUGGAAGGGUGAGGAGGAUCACUGGAAGGGUGAGGAGGAUCAGUGGAAGGGUGAGGAGGAUCAUCAAGAGGGCCAGGGGGAUCAUUGGGAAGGUGAGGAGGAUCACUGGGAGGGCGAGGAAAAUCAUCGGGAGGGUGAGGAGGAUCAUCGGGAGGGUGAGGAGGAUCAUCGGGAGGGUGAGGAGGAUCAUCAAGAGGGCGAGGAGGAUCAUUUGGAGGGUGAGGAGGAUCAUUUGGAGGGUGAGGAGGAUCAUCAAGAGGGCGAGGAGGAUCAUCAAGAGGGCGAGGAGGUUCAUCGGGAAAGUGAGGAGGAUCAUCAAGAGGGUGAGGAGGAUCAUCAAGAGGGCGAGGAGGAUCAUCGGAGGGCGAGGAGGAUCAUCGGGAGGGCGAGCUGGACGGCAAGAAGGCUUAUUGGGAGAGCAAGGAGGAUCAUCGGGACGGCAAGAGGAUCAUUCGGGAAGGUAUCAAUUCACCAAAUAUUAUUCAACUAUACAAACUACUUUACAAAACAUAUGGACUAAGUCAAGAAGAUAGUUCCUAAACUAUUUACAGGAGUAUCUGCAUUUUUGUAUUGUGUACACUUCUGUCAUAAUGACUUCAAAGCCCACUGUUAUUAAACUAUGCUGGUAGAAUUUAUCGGUCACUGGGUAGAGUGGCGUGUAUUUCAUGCCAAAAAAGGGUAUAAGCAGUGUGAUAGAAAGUAUAAACAAUAUUCGCUCAGUUGACAACAAAGUCUGAGCGGUUCGACCUAACACAAAAUAUUAAAGCCCCUUUUCUUAAUUCCCAGAUUCUCCACCAGACCUCGCCUGAACUAUGUAUAGGGAAAAUGUGAGCAUACCUGUCAUUCAUCACACACAAACCACGUACAUUUCAUGUGGCACCUGCAUCCAUGUUAGAUGUGAGGUUCUGGAUGGAAUCCCUCAAUUUCUGACACAACAUGAAUGCCUGUCCUAAAAAUGUCUGUAGUAAAGUUAGAAUUGCAUUACCUCUUCUCCCAUCCCUUGGAAGCCUCAACUCAGACAUAGAUUGAACUGAAAUAUCUUCCUGAUAAACUUUUCAGUUGAACAAUAACGACACAAACUAUACAAUGUGUAUGGAUUACAUCAGACUGAAUGACAACCGGUACAGAUAAUUACUUUAGAAAUUAUUAUUAGACAACAAACACAUAACAAAAGGCAUGGUUAAAGUAUUAUAUGAGAAUUCACACAAAACCUGAAGCUGACAGCUUCAAAUAUGAAACUUUCAUGCAGCUUUCCCUAAUCACCUGUAUGCCUGCUGGUAGGCCUACUUACAUGUAUGUUUGUGAAUGAAGGAUUGCCUACUGUGACAUAAAGACAUAGGCACAUUUUGUUUCACCAAGACUGGUGAGAGUAGAUGCUGGUUAUAUAUGACAAUUAAAACUUUUUAUCAAGGGGAAGCAGGCCCUGAUCACUUGGAAUCCUCAACACCUGCAUGACAGUCUCGGUCACACCCCAAAUGCGAAGGCUGGAUAUAUGGUACAGUUCACAUUAAAUGAUUUAAAUAUGCCUUAUUAGAUCUCAAGCACAGAUUUGGAUAAACACUCAUCACACAGUAUAGUUGUCAGCAACUGAGUUUUUGUCUGGCACGAAACCUGCAGGACCUGAUAUGACUCGGCAAACAAGUACUUGUACGCUGUAUGAGUUUCUGGCAUAUCUUUGACCACAUAUUUUGGAAUAUCAUGAAAAUAUGUAAGUGUGAAACUUGAGAUUUCUUUUGGAAUGGUUUCACGAGUGGAACCACUGUUGUUGUUGUUGUUUCUUUGGGUUUGUUUCUUGUGUACAUUCGUACUAAUGAUCGUUUUACCAAUCCCAGUUUACACAAUGAUGUUUAAACUUAUGACUACACAGUGGCUGACCGAUACACGCAUUUGUUUGAUUCCCUUAAAUUGCUUAAACCGAAGGGGCAAACGACAGGUGUAAAUCGAGCGUAAUAAAAUAAACGCAUCCGAACGAUUUAUGGGAACUGUCCCCUUACCGUGAGCAGUCAGAGUGAAGCCCUGCUUACCUUGUGCAGUCAGAAUGAGGCCCUACUUACCUUCUGCAGUCAGUCUGAAGCAGGGGUUUAGCCACGGCGUUAGGUGAGGGUGUCUCACUUGAGUGACCCAGGACCAAUAGGCCGGGGUCGAGGGGCCGGAGAUUUAGUCAAACCACUGUUUUUCAUGUUGUCAUCAUUUUUGUUAUGUCCUCUGAAAAUUUUAUAUGUUCAUGUGACUAGGGUUCUUUUAUUACAGAUAUAAGUAGUAUGAAAGUUGUCUUUGCACAGUAGGCGAAUGUCAUUAAAGCCUUCUUGGCCUCUGCAUCAGUGGCUUAGUACUUGUGUUUUUUAGCAUGAUCACGGAGCCUGAUAGAUUGAUAGUUCAAAUAAAAAGGAAUUACACUAAACAAAUACGGUGACUCUAAGUUAGAUGUGAUUUUUGGUCGCACUGGCCACUGCCAUUGAUAUUGCCAAUUGCCAUUGGGCCGACAUCAACAAAACUGAAAGUAAACCAGGCCUGAAAUUGCUCGUGCCCUCAGUCCACUCGCCCGCUCCGACUGCAGACUUUCAAUUUCAGUGUGUUGUAAGCCUGACAGUAACUUAGCCACGUGAACGUUUUCGUUCAGUCUGCAGAAAACGUUUUUGAUUCAGUACAGCGACAUCAACAAAACUGAAAGUAAACCAGGCCUGAAAUUUCUCGUGCCCUCAGUCCACUCGCCCACUCUGACUGCAUACUUCAAUUUCAGUGUGUUGUAAGCCUGACAGUAACUUAGCCACACGAACGUUUUCGUUCAGCCUGCAGAAAACGUUGUUGUUUCGGUACACCUUUUUUUUCGUCACUUUGGGCCGUUACCUACAUUGACUCGGCAGUCCACUUCCAAAAUGUCCGAUGAAGUCAUCGCUGUCAAUGUCAGCACCAGCGUGUGCCUGGAGUUCAACAUCAAGCUCCAAAUCAGAAUCCUCUUCGGUGUCUGAGUGUACACUAGCACGAGUUGAAGCUUUGCUGAAGAAAGACAUUAUCUUGCUAGAUUUAUCAGAGCCAAGUUUUGACAUCUUGGCCGACUCCAAGUGGUUCGAUGCUUCCUAUACGUACCGCGUGCGUGGAUCGGGUCUUGAAUGUACUAAUGAUGGGAAAUUCCAAAAGUAUUAAACCUUUCGGUCCUGCUGGCUAUGUGCUAUCAAAAUGAAGCUCUGCUUACCUUAAGCAGUCAGAGUGAAGCCCUGCUUACUUUGUGCAGUCAGAGUGAAGCCCUGCUUACCUUGUGCAGUCAGAGUGAAGCCCUGCUUACCUUGUGCAGUCAGAGUGAAGCCCUGCUUACCUUGUGCAGUCAGAGUGAAGCCCUGCUUACCUUGUGCAGUCAGAGUGAAGCCCUGCUUACCUUGUGCAGUCAGAGUGAAGCCCUGCUUACCUUCUACAGUCGGUGUAAAGCCCAGCUAACCUUCAUCAGUCAGUGAAGUCCUGCUUACCUUCUACAGUAAGUGUGAAGCCCUACUCACCUUCUGCAGUCAGUGUGAAGCCCUGCUUACCUUCUGCAGUCAAUGAAACCCUGCUUACCUUCUGCAGUCAGUGAAGCCGUGCUUACCUUCUGCAGUCAGUGAAGCCAUGCUUACCUUCUGCAGUCAGUGAAGCCGUGCUUACCUUCUGCAGUCAGUGAAGUCCUGCCUACCUUCCGCAGACAGUGUGAAGUUCU